AUGUACGACUUAGCACGCUUCUGUCUAACGAAGCCCUGGAAGAACCUAGUGUUCCGCUCGCCCUCUGCCACCCAGCGAACGGCCGCCUUCUGCUUCCAGAAAUCCUCCUCCAUAAGGAGUCGGAGCUGGUACUCGGCGUGGCAGCGAUUGUGCGGAAUUGGACUGUACGGAAUUGGGCUGUGUGGUGUCGGCGCCGGCGUAGGUGCCGACGUGGAGCAGGUGGUCGGCGUCUGUCGGUUGGGAGGCGGAGUCAGAAAUCUGCUGGCGAGUGGCGGUUUGAAUGUGGACUGUAGGCUGGGAGGCUCCGGCUCCGGCGAUUGGCCGGUGAACUUCGUCGGCCGGUUGAAUGAUGGUGACAGCUGGGAUAGCGAUGGAGGAGACGGAUGUCUGCUGGGGAUGUUUUGUUUGUGCGUUAACGGGCUUGGGAGAGGCUGUCCGUGA